AUGUCACAAGACCAAUAUAUGAAUUUAAAGGUAUUAUACUCCUUAGAAGAUGGCGCGUCAGGCACUUACUUGACAAGGUCUAGGACUCCACAUAGUGUUAACAUUGCCUCUAUUCCAAACCCAAAUAUUUCAUCAGAGUCCCAGUCAUAUACAAGAAUAGGUAUGGUUCAUUUAUCAUCAGUCUUAAAUGAGGUUUAUAAGAGUUCUCCUGAAUUAUUAAACCAUAAAUCUACUCAAAACGGUUAUGACUUUAAUGUUUAUUUCAAAGAUAUUUGUGAAAUUGAUGAACCAUUAGUAAGUUUAGGUUUAUUGUCUAAAAUACGACGUGAUUUAAAACAUGCCAAUGAUAAUAAUAACUCUGAUUCUAAUAAUGAGCCUCAUGAUGAGCUUGAGAAUUUUUAUGUCACAGGCCGUGUCUGCUCUACUUUUGGAAGUAUGUUCAAGAAAAAAAAUUCUAACCCAUCUGAAACAUUAGAAGUCAAGCUACGAUUUUCAAAAGUACUUAUGCAAAUAUCUCACUCGAAGGAACUAGAUACAUUAGAUGCUAAAAUACCAAUAGACCCAACACCAUUACCAACAAAUACUCAUAUCAAUUCAUACUCACAAUCACAAUCACCUAUGUCUACUAAUACGACUACCUCUGUACCAUUACAAAAUUUAACUCCUACACAAAAAUUACCCAAUUAUAAUUCUACCACUACUAGUAAUAAUAGUUUUAUUCCACAUAUCGUCCCAGUGAAAAAAUCUACAAAUCGUGUGACAAAAGUUAAUAAUAAGAGACAAACAAAUCCUAAACCGGCACCUAAAGCUGAAAGAACUCAAUCGAUGCCGAUCUGGAAGCCUAAACAACAACAAUUUAAUGGUAAUAAUUCUAUAAACACAAUUGCUCAUAAAAUAUACAUGGCUGAUAGACAAAUUGAUUCUAAUAACCAGCAAUCAAAUAUGUCACAAUCUUUAACUUACCAAAUAUCCGCUUUGCAAAAUGAUAAUUCCAUUCAAAAGAUGAAAAUUGAGAACUCAGUGAGUAAAAGAUUUGAUUUUAUGCUAAAUAAGAAGAAAAAAGCUCGCAACCAAACACCAACGGGAGAAGACAAUCUAUCAAAGAAAAUAGUACAUAAUAAUAAUAAUAAUAAUAAUAAUAAUAAUAAUAAUAAUAAUAAUAAUAACGGUCCAGUGAGAGCUACACGUAUCAAUACUACUCCAAUUAUUCCAAGCCAAUCAUUUGACAGCAAGAAAAUUAAAAGCGGUCAAUCAAUUUUGCAUUUGUCAAAUAAUUCUGAAACCCAUCCAAUGAUGGAUACUGAUAAAGAAAAUUUGCCACCUACUGAAGCUACCAUUGAAGAAGAUGAAAAAUUAUUAAAAUCUAAAAAUCGUAAAUUAUCUCUUCUAAAUGAUACUGAUCUGGUUAAUUUCCAAGAAUUAACUGAUAUGAAUUGGUUAAAUGAGUAUAAUCCAUUCAACACACCAAAUUUAGACCUAUCAUAUAACCAAUUGAAUAAACCUUCUACUGUUACACCCAAUGAUAUGAAUGGGUUUACUAUUGACAAUAUGGACAAAACUACUACCCAUAAUAUGGAUGGUACCACUACAAACGCCAACAAGAACAAACAAAGUACUACCACCUAUAGUGAUAUGGACAGAACUUCUCCAAUCGAUUCUAUGUCUAUGUCCUUAAUGGAUAUGUCUGAUCAAGUAUAUUCUGCAUUUAAUUAUGAUCAAGAAAACACUUCGCCAAUAAUAGGUUCCACAAAUGUAAAUACUAAACAAAAGAAAUUCGAAUCUUUAGUCAACAUCCCAUCCAACCAAUCCCCCAAUAACUCUAAACCAUCCAAUACCAAAAUCAUGAUGAGCAUUAGAGAAAACUCGGUAUUGGACGAUUUAGAAUUUAAAAAUGGCGAAACAGCUAACAACAAUGAGAUCAGCAAAGAGCUUAAUAGUGAAGAACUCGAUAUCGAAGACAACGACGAACUGACCAACGAUGAAUCUCACCAAAAGCAACCUACUAUGCCAUCUUCUCCCACCACAAUUUUUAACUAUGAUAAUUUAAACAACGAUGACUUUGAUGAUCUAUCCGGCGUUUCCAAAUCAAAUGACUUGUUCAAGAACUACUAA